GCCGAGACAAUCCAAAACAAAAGCCUGUCAUCGCUUUUUCUCCUUCAGAUCGGCCGCGGUUCUUAAGCUAUAAACAGUCGCUGCUCCUACUUCUACUCUUCAGCGAUACACUCACAACGGUAUCGCACACCGCCAUCUCACAGAAACAACAACAACGAAGAGGAAGCGCAUACACAUCUCACGAUGCCCUCCCUGAACGACAUGAUCCACCUCAACGUCGGCGGCCGAAACUUCACCACCUCCCGCACAACUCUCCUCUGCUCGCCCUCCCCUUCCUCCUCCUCGCACCCCUCAACAUUCUUCCAAGCCCUCCUCUCCCCAACCUGGUCCUCCUCCUCCCCCGACGGCCUCACCCCUCAAAGCCCCAUCUUCAUCGACCGCGACCCCGACGCUUUCUCGAUCGUCCUACACUACCUCCGAACAGGAAAACUACGCAUCCCACCCCACGCAUUCAUCGACCCCGCAUCUAUCGCAGACGAAGCAGAUUUCUAUAACCUCCCCCACCUCGCAUCCCUCGCGCUCGCGCUCUCAUCCUCGACGCAGCCCCCAGACAUCGGUUACGAAGAAGAACUCUGGAUCGGACUUCUCGAGCGCGAGAAAGGGGAGUAUCGAUGGUUUCUGCGACACCCGAUGGUAGAGGGACAAACCCUCGUGACAAAAGACGAUACAGGCGGUGGUGGAAGACGAAAGUGCUGGGUGUUUGAUGAUUUCCAUUUCGGGCAGAUGUUUGAGCUCGGACCCCUCUUGGAUCGGUAUUUCGACGAAAUCGGCACACUACCACUCUCCCUACCAAAGAAGAAGAACGGACCUCGGACUGCGUCCACAGUCCUCUUCACAACCCCCUACCCCCACUUCCACGGCUCCACAACCCUCUCCGGCUACCGCUGGGUCGUAUCCUCCCCCGUCUGGUAUCGCUGCGUGGAUAUGCGUUUAGGAGAACGGAUGAAUGGCCGACACGAUGAUUUGCAGAUUAUGAUUAUGCGACGGAUUGGAAGAAGCGAGGACGAGGAGUGGAGGUUUAUCGGGGAGAAGGGGAUGGGGGUUGGCAUGACCGGGGUUGGUGGGGGGAAUUUCGUUGGGGGGGAGGGGGAGGAGGAGAGUGAUAAGGGGGAGGAGGGUGAGGAAGGGCAGGGAUAUGGUGAUGAGGAGUUUGGGGAGUCGGUUAUGAGUGUUUGAGGGGGCAGAGAACGACCCGCGUUCACAGACAAGUUCUAGAAAGAUAGCCAAGAGAUGCUACUACACACUAAACUC